UGCGGCGACAAGGAUGCCGAGGGCAGAAGCUGGUGCCCGGACUGCGUGACGGCUGAACCAGUUGUGAGGAGGGAACUUCAUAACAUGCCUGAUGAGUCCGUAUUCAUCUACUGCCUAGUGGGAGACAGAGCCUACUGGAAAGAUCCCAACAAUGAAUUCAGGAAGAAUCUGAAACUAACAGGAGUGCCUACACUACUUAAAUAUGGAACACCUCAGAAGCUGGUUGAAGAAGAAUGUUUUAAAGCAGAGCUUGUGCGUAUGUUGUUUACUGAAGACUAAAUCCUCCAGUAGUCAAUCAUUUACGAAGAUGUUAAACUCAAGUUAUUUGCAGUGUCCUUUCAAGGAAUCCUUAACCUUUUUUAAACUUUCAUGGUUAAUUACUUCAGACUAGUCAAGAUAAAUGUCAUUAAAUUCUAGGUCCAAACCUUCCACUAAAAUCCUGCAACAAAACACUGUAUCUUUCCUUUCAUGUUUAAAUAAACUUGAGUUUGCAAACAGUC